CUUCUGUCUUUUCCUCCUUCUUGUGCCCGGCUUUCUUCCCCUCCCCCCACAUCGCUGACCAAGUUCUCCCGUUUCGGACCGAGUCGCCUUGUUGUUGCCGCGGAGAUUUUUCCUGCUGCUGCUGCUGCUGCUGCCACUGUCGCCGCCGCCACCACUGUGCUCAUUUGCCCCGACCCCUUCCUGCCGCCCUGCCCCCAGCCCCACACAAGAUGUCAGAGGAUUUAGCAAAGCAGCUGGCAAGCUACAAAGCUCAACUCCAGCAAGUUGAAGCUGCAUUGUCUGGAAACGGAGAAAAUGAAGAUUUGCUAAAAUUAAAGAAAGAUUUACAAGAAGUUAUAGAACUAACCAAAGACCUUCUGUCAACUCAACCUUCAGAAACUCUUGCAAGUUCAGACAGUUUUGCUUCUACUCAGCCCAGUCAUUCAUGGAAAGUAGGAGACAAGUGUAUGGCAAUCUGGAGUGAAGAUGGACAGCUGUUAUAUCCACACAGAAAAGAAAUGAUUGCCCAACAGCGUGAAUAUAAAAAGAAGAAAGCUUUGAAAAAAGCACAGAGAAUAAAAGAACUUGAGCAGGAAAGAGAGGACCAGAAGGUUAAAUGGCAACAGUUCAACAACAGAGCCUAUUCUAAAAACAAAAAAGGCCAGGUAAAAAGGAGUAUUUUUGCUUCUCCUGAGAGUGUAACCGGAAAAGUUGGAGUAGGAACUUGUGGAAUUGCUGAUAAACCUAUGACACAAUAUCAAGAUACCUCUAAAUACAAUGUCAGGCAUUUGAUGCCUCAAUAAUCAGAAAAACUGUUGGAUU